UGCGUAUAUUGCUAUGCGCCAGCACUGAAUUCGUUUGUGUUUCUGCAAUUCGAUAUGGUUUUUUUAUUAUCUCGGAUUUUGAGCUGCGUUAAACCUUAUUCCAAUGCAGUACUGCAGAAGCGUGCACUUUACACAUCUAUUAAUUGCAAUUAUGCACUUGUGCCAAUGGUCCUUGAUAAAUCUGCUGCCGGUGAACGAGCAUAUGACAUUUAUUCUCGCUUGCUAAAAGAUAGAAUAAUAUGUCUUAUGGGUCCAGUGAAUGAUGAUCUUUCAAGCAUUAUAUUAGCUCAGAUGCUCUUUUUACAAUCAGAAGAUAAGCGCUCUCCUAUCCAUCUGUACAUAAAUUCACCCGGUGGAGUUAUUACCUCUGGGCUUGCUAUUUACGACACAAUGCAGUAUAUUGAACCGCCGAUAUAUACUUGGUGUAUUGGUCAGGCUUCUAGCAUGGGGUCGUUGCUAUUAGCAGCGGGGACUCCUGGUCACCGGUAUGCCCUCCCACAUUCACGUGUUAUGGUACACCAACCUUCUGGCGCUACACAGGGGCAGGCGAGUGAUAUUAUGAUUCAAGCAGAGGAAAUUAUCAAAACCAAAAGAAUUAUCAAUUCUAUUUAUGCGAAGCACACUAAUCAAUCUCUAGAGACAAUCGAAAAAUGGAUGGAUCGAGACUUUUUCAUGACUCCAGAGGAAGCCCUCAAGUUUGGUCUAAUCGACAAAGUUAUGGUGCCCAAGUCGAAAACUAAUAUCCCCGAGCCUGAUGAGAAGUGA